CUUGUCUUGCUAGGAAUAGAAAUACCUUCUAACAUGUAAAUCUAGUAUUCAACUCUCAGAUUUUCAGGAAAUUUUCAGGAAUUCAAAACGUACAAAGUAGAAGACUGCACAACUCAUGUUGUUCAGCGGUGAAGGAGAGUUAGGCAGUGUUUGGAGAAUGCAAGGUCCAGAAAGCGUAGAUUACCACCAACCAAUCCAUUGAUUCUAAGUGCAAAUAUUUUGUUGUUGUUGUUAGUAACUGGAAGUGUGGCCUGCCAGUGUCCAAGUGUCUUGCCCAGAGCAGUGGAGGCGGACACAAGGAUGGAAUCUAAGUAACAGCAAAGUUGGGAAGCAAGCUAUUGGUUAGUGCUCAUGACUGAAGCCUUGAACCCCUCUCUUCUGCCUGCUCUACUGCCCCCUCCCGGAAACACACAUCCCCCCCACCCCGUAGAGUAGAAACAGGACGUGGGUCUCCAGUUUGCAAGGAUUCGUGGGGCGGGGAGAGCAACUGGUUUUGGAGGGAUGAAAAAGCGAAGCUGCUUUGUCUUCGCUUCACGUUUGGUGGGAGUAGAACAAACAGGACAAUAAACAGGACAAGAAACACUGGGACGUGGGUUUUGUGUAGGAUGUGUUGGAACAGGUGUGGUAGCACCAAGUACUCCAGGGCUACAUGAAUCACAUGUAGUAAUCCAGCCGGCAGCCACUACAUACCCAUAAGCAUGUCUGAGACAGUUUUAUCCUACCACUCCCUCCUGCAACCUUCCCCACAACCCCCAAACCUCAGUGCCUACAGUUCCACCGUGGAAACGGUAGGAGUUCACAGAGGACUGGACUACUUCUUCCUCAACACUCCACCCAUAGCUCCCAGCCCUGGUCCUGGGCACGCUGACGGUUCGUUGAUCAUUAAAUUAACUGUUACGUGCAUGGCAGGGCAGUUGAGAGGACGUUACUCCCCUAGCAGGCGCGGAAGGCAGAUCCGCGCAAACACAGUCUCAAAAGACUGCGCAGCGGCCGUGAACGCGUUACGGCCACCGACGAACCAACCCGCCGAUCUGAGCCGCCGCUCGCCCUCCAGGAGCACGCACCAGGGACCCGCCGCCCCGCCCGCUCUCCUUGCACCUCCCCGGACGGAAGCGGAAACGGCCUGCUGCGGUCUGGCUCCGGAAGCCGCUCUCCUUCGUCUUCCUCGUUGGUCUCCUGUCACAAUGGCGCUGGCCGUCUUGCGGGUCCUGGAGCCCUUCCCGACCGAGGCACCCCCGUUGGCGGUGCUGCUGCCCCCCGGGGGCCCGUGGCCUGCGGCGGGGCUGGGCCUGGUGCUGGCCCUGCGGCCCGCAGAGGAGAGCCCCGCAGGGCCGGCGCUGCUAGUGGCGGCCCUGGAGGGGCCGGGCGCGGAGACCGAAGAGCAGGGUCCAGGGCCCCCGCAGCUGCUGGUUAGCCGCGCGCUGCUGCGGCUCUUGGCUCUGGGCUCCGGGGCGUGGGUGCGGGCGCGGCCCGUGCGGCGCCCUCCGGCGCUGGGCUGGGCGCUGCUUGGGACCCCGCCGGGGCCCGGGCUGGGACCGCGAGUCGGGCCGCUGCUGGUGCGGCGCGGAGAGGCCCUGCCAGUGCCCGGACCGCGGGUGCUGGAGACGCGGCCGGCGUUGCAAGGGCUGCUGGGCCCAGGGACGCGGCUAGCUGUGACUGAGCUCCGUGGGCGGGCCAAACUGGGUCAGGAGGCUGAGGACAGCAGCCGGCCCCCACCCCCACCCGUGGUGUCCUCCUUCGCGGUUAACCGCACAGUCCGGCGACUCCGGGGAGUUCUGGGAGGGACUGGAGAUUCACUGGGAGUUAGCCGGAGUUGUCUCCGUAGCCUGGGCCUCUUCCAGGGCGAAUGGGUGUGGGUGACCCGAGCCGGAGAGUCGUCGAACACUUCCCAGCCACAUUUGGCCAGGGUGCGGGUCCUAGAGCCUCGCUGGGACCUGUCUGAAAGGCUGGGACCCGGCUCUGGGCAGCCGGGAGAGCCCCUCGCUGACGGACUAGCCCUCGUGCCUGCCACUCUGGCUUUUAAUCUCGGCUGUGAUCCCCUGGAAGUGGGAGAGCUCAGAAUUCAGAGGCACUUGGAAGGCUCCAGCACCCCUGAAGACAAAGGAAGCUGCUCAGUGCUGCCCGGGCCUCUGUUUGCCAAAGAGUUACACAUCGAAAUUGUGUCCUCUCCCCACUACAGCACCAACGGAAAUUAUGACCAUGUUCUUUACCGGCACUUUCAGACACCCAGGGCAGUCCAGGAAGGGGAUGUUCUGUGUGUGCCAACAGUUGGGCAAGUAGAGAUCCUGGAAGGAAGCCCAGAGAAACUGCCCAGGUGGCGGGAGAUGUUUUUUAAAGUGAAGAAAACUGUUGGGGAAGCUCCGGAUGGGCCAACCAGCGCCUACUUGGCAGACACCGCUCAUACCUCUUUGUACUUGGUGGGCUCUACCCUGAGCCCUGUCCCAAGGCUCGCUUCAGGAGAAUCCACUCCCUGGAAUAGCUUGUCUCCUCCGGGCCUGGAGACCUUGGUGACUGAGCUCUGUGCUGCCCUGAAGCCUCGCCUCCAGCCAGGAGGUGCCCUGUUGACAGGAACCAGCAGUGUCCUUCUCCGGGGUCCCCCCGGCAGUGGCAAAACCACAGCUGUCACUGCAGCCUGCAGCCGCCUUGGGCUCCACCUCCUGAAGGUGUCCUGCUCUAGCCUCUGUGCAGACAGCAGCGGGGCUGUGGAGACGAAGCUGCGGGCUGUCUUCUCCCGGGCCCGGCGCUGCCGGCCUAUGGUUCUGUUGCUGACAGCUGUGGACCUUCUGGGCCGGGACCGUGAUGGGCUAGGUGAGGAUGCCCGUGUGGUGGCCACGCUGCGUCAGCUCCUCCUUGAUGAGGAGCCCCUCGCCAGCUGCCCACCCCUGAUGGUCGUGGGCACCGCAAGCCAGGCCCGGGACAUGCCCGCCGACGUGCAGACAGCGUUCCCUCAUGAGCUGGAGGUGCCCGUGUUGUCAGAGGGGCAGCGGCUCAGUGUCCUGCGGGCCCUCACCGCCCACCUCCCUCUGGGCCAAGAGGUGAACCUGACGCAGCUGGCGCGGCGGUGUGCGGGCUUCGUCGUAGGGGAUCUCUAUGCCCUUUUGACCUACAGCGCCCGGGCAGCCUGCACCAGGGUCAAGAACUCGGGGCUGGCAGGUGGCUUGAGUGAGGAGGAGGAGGGGGAGCUCUGUGCUGCCGGCUUUCCUCUCCUGGCUGAGGAUUUCGGGCAGGCACUUGAGCAGAUGCAGACAGCCCACUCCCAGGCCAUUGGAGCCCCCAAGAUCCCCUCAGUGUCCUGGCAUGAUGUGGGCGGGCUGCAGGAGGUGAAGAAGGAGAUUCUGGAGACCAUUCAGCUCCCUCUAGAGCACCCUGAGCUGCUGAGCCUGGGCCUCAGGCGCUCAGGUCUUCUGCUCCAUGGUCCCCCCGGCACGGGCAAGACCCUCCUGGCCAAGGCAGUAGCCACUGAAUGCUGCCUCACCUUCCUCAGCGUGAAGGGGCCUGAGCUCAUCAACAUGUACGUGGGUCAGAGUGAGGAGAACGUGCGAGAAGUGUUUGCCAGGGCCAGGGCUGCGGCUCCGUGCAUUAUCUUCUUUGAUGAGCUGGACUCGCUGGCCCCAAGCCGGGGGCGAAGUGGAGACUCUGGAGGUGUGAUGGACAGGGUGGUGUCUCAGCUCCUGGCUGAGCUGGAUGGGCUUCACAGCACUCAGGAUGUGUUUGUGAUUGGAGCCACCAACAGACCAGACCUCCUGGACCCUGCCCUUCUGAGGCCUGGCAGAUUUGACAAGCUGGUGUUUGUGGGGGUGAGCGAGGACCGCGCCUCCCAGCUACGUGUUCUAAGUGCCAUCACACGCAAAUUCAAGCUAGAGCCCUCUGUGAGCUUGGUGAACGUGCUGGAUCGCUGCCCUCCCCAGCUGACGGGUGCAGACCUCUAUUCCCUCUGCUCUGAUGCCAUGACAGCUGCCCUCAAACGCAGGCUCCGGGACCUGGAGGAAGGGCUGGAGCCUGGGAGCGCGGCACUGCUCCUCACCAUGGAGGACCUGCUGCAGGCUGCUGCCCGGCUGCAGCCCUCGGUCAGCGAGCAGGAACUGCUGCGGUACAAGCGCAUCCAACGCAAGUUUGCCGCCUGCUAGGAGCCUCCCGCGAUCCGGGACCCUGCCCGCAAGGGCUGAAGGCCCGUUCGGGCUCCAAGACUAAAGACCCUCUGCUCAGGAGGAGGAACUCGGGCCUGGAUGGAGCUCUGGGGAUUGCUCCCCACCCCCACCCCCGAGUCUUGGCUGAAAAUAAAGUAUAUGCUGCCCCCUGCUGGUUGUGGU